CCCCAAAGGACCCUUACAGUGCCACGAUGAAGCGCAAGUUGGACGCCAACGACGUACCCUCCCCCGAGGCCGAGGCCGCAGAGGGCAAAGAAGCCCCCGAUGUGAACGAGGCCGACUUCGAAAGCCUCAACCUGGAUCCGCGACUGCGCCAAGCCUUGAUCAAAGAGAAGUUCACCAAGCCUACUCCGGUCCAGGCGAAGGCCAUUCCCCUGGCGCUGGCUGGCAAAGAUAUUCUCGCUCGUGCGAAGACCGGCUCCGGAAAGACCGCCGCCUACGUCCUCCCCAUCCUGCAGACGAUUCUCCAGAAAAAGGCUGCCGAUCCCUCGUUGAAAGCCACGACCGGCCUCAUCCUCGUCCCCACCCGAGAGCUUGCGGAACAGGUCCAAAAUGUCGUCACCACAUUCGCUGCUUUCUGCGGAAAGGACAUCCGCUCUGUGAACUUGACUCAAAAGGUCUCCGAUGCCGUGCAGCGUACGAUGCUCGCUGAUUACCCGGAUGUUGUCAUUUCGACCCCCGCGCGUGUGAUCGCCAAUCUCGGCAGCUCCGCCCUGUCCCUGGAGAGCCUGACACACCUGGUUAUUGACGAGGCGGACCUGGUCCUUUCCUACGGCUACGAUGAAGAUAUCAACGCGCUGUCCAAGGCGAUCCCCCGCGGUGUGCAGACGUUCCUCAUGAGUGCUACGCUCACAUCGGAAGUUGAUACCCUGAAGGGGCUGUUCUGUCGCAGCCCCGUUGUGUUGAAGCUGGAGGAUAAAGAGGAGCAAGGCGCUGGUGUCAGUCAGUUUGUUGUCAAAUGUGCCGAGGAUGAGAAGUUCCUCCUUACCUACGUUAUCUUCAAGCUGCAGCUGAUUAAGGGCAAGGUCAUCAUCUUCGUCGGAGAUGUCGACCGCUGCUACCGUGUGAAGCUCUUUUUGGAACAGUUCGGUCUUAAGAGCUGUGUCCUCAACUCCGAAUUGCCCGUGAACUCCCGAAUCCACGUCGUGCAGGAAUUCAACAAGGGUGUCUACGAUAUCAUUAUCGCCGCAGAUGACCAGGAAGUCCUAGGAGCUCACAAGUCCAAGAAGGUCAAGGACGUCGAUGCCGACGAAGAAGAAGCCGCCGGCCUCAUGGGCUCCAGUGAGGACGAAGAGAUGGAAGAAGAGAAGUCCAAGUCCGCCCGUCCCGACAAGCGCCGCAAGUUCUCCAAAAACAAAGACUACGGUAUCUCCCGCGGUAUCGACUUCCAAAACGUCGCUUGCGUUCUGAACUUCGACCUCCCCACCUCCGCCAAGUCCUACACUCACCGCAUCGGACGUACCGGCCGCGGAGGCAAGACCGGCAUGGCCCUGUCCUUCGUCAUUCCCGCCGACCAAUACGGCAAGCAUAAGCCCACCUCCUUCUCCUCCGCCAAACACGACGAGUCCGUCCUCUCGAAGAUCGUCAAACGCCAAUCCAAACUCGGCCACGAGGUCAAGCCCUACCACUUCGAGAUGGCCCAGGUCGACGCCUUCCGCUACCGUAUGACCGACGCGCUCCGCGCCAUCACCCGUCUCGCCGUCCAGGAAGCCCGUGCCCGCGAGAUCCGCCAAGAGCUGAUCAAGAGCGAGAAGCUGAAGCGCCAUUUCGAAGAGAACCCCGACGAGCUGCGUCAGCUCCGUCACGACGGCGAGCUCCGCGCCGCCCGCAUCCAGCCCCAUCUCAAGCACAUCCCCGAGUACCUCAUGCCCUCCAAGGGCCGCAAGGGCAUCUCCACCGAGAACGUCGGCUACGUCAGCUUCCGGAAAAACUCCGACAACCGCAUCCGCAAGGCCAGAGAUAAGAACCGCGCCAAGGGCAAGGGUCGGAGACCCACUGGUGGGAGGAAGGUUGACCCGUUGAAGACGUUCAACCGGGGCAAGAAAUAGAUCACACUCAGUUAUUUGGGGGACUGACUGGCUGGCUGGUGAUGAAGGCGCAUGUACAUAUUAUCUUGUAUUUGGUUCUAUCGGGAAAAGUUAUCGAUUUCGGUCGGGGAUAUUGCGUGCAUAUAGAGUUCUCACACAAUUAAUCGCAUGUUUCCG